CUGGUCCGCGGGGCCUCGGGAGCAGGGCGGGCUGCGCGCCGGGUCCGGUCCUGCCCUGCGGCCCGCCCUCGGCAUUCCGGGCCUCUGGGCCAAGCGCCCGCCCAAGGCUGCGGGUCCAGUCGCCCUGUGUGGACUUUAAGGCGCCUUGUAAUCUUUUGAAGCGCUUUGACAUCCCCAAAGGGCUCCGUACUGCAAACUAAAUCGAAGCGCUUUGUAAUCCCGGAAGCGCUUUGACAUCUCCCUAGUAGCGCUGUGCAAACUGUAGCGCUUGGUGAUCGCGGAAGCACGUUUUGGGUUUGGAAACCAAACCGACGCCCUUAGUAAAUCUCGGAUCGUUUUGACUAAGGCGAAGCGCGUUGGCAUCUCCGAAACCCUCAGAACUGUGAUGGGCAGUGGAAAAAAGGGGGAAAGGUGCCCAUGGCGUCGGAGCGGCGCAAGGUCAAGUACCACUGGAGCAGCACUUCGGAAGGGUGUCCCCGCAAGCGCAGCUGCCUCCGGGAGCCCAGUGAUGUGGCCCCCUCCAGCCGGCCAGCUCCUACCUCUGCGUCGCGUUCAGGAGGGACCAGCAGCCCCAAGCGCCUGAAAGUCCAGAAGGAGGACGAUGUGGCCUGCUCGCCGAGGUUGCCCUGGGGCUCAUCCUGCCGCAGAAAUACCUCCUCCUCUCAUUCCUCUGACCCAGGUGUGGGCGGGGCUGCCGCCAAAGGCUGCCUGAUUCGGAGCACACGGGGAUUCCUUUCGUCAGGGGGAUCCCCUCUUCGCCCUGUCAACCCCUCUCCAGAAGAAAUGGCUUCUCUAGAGGAGGAGGCCUGCAGCCUUAAGGUUGAUUCAAAAGAUAGUUCUCGUAACUCCACGAACUCUGAAUUUGCAGCUGAAGCGGAGGGUCAGAAUGAUACAAAUGAGGAACCAAACAAGGUGCAGAAAAGGAAGAGGGAUCGAUUUCGAGACCAGGGCUCUACAGUGAUCUACCUGAAGGCUAUCCAGGGCAUCCUGGGAAAGUCAAUGCCAAAAAGGAAGGGAGAAGCUACCACGAGGCCAGUGCUGAGCAAAGGAGAGCGUCCCAGCCGUGGAGAAGAGCCAGUCAGGAGUGUCACUGUGUCUCCUUCUCCAAAAGGGAAAGAGUCAGCCCCGGAGGUGAGAGCAGAGGACGAUGAAAAGGCUGAGCUGGAGAGGAGCAGCUUCUGCGACAGGAGAGUGGUGAUAGACCCUCAGGAGAAACCCAGCGAGGAGACAGCUGGUGCCCGAAGGACAGUCCUUGACAAGCACUCUCCAGCCCUUGAGUUUUUGGAUGACUCCGACUCUAAUUUAGAAAGCCAGAAGCCUAAAGAGAGGGAGGUGGUGAUAGAGCACACCUCUUCAGGAAGUGACUGGUCUGAUGUGGAUGAGGUCUCCACAGUCAGAUUCUCUCAGGAGGAGCCCAGCUCGCUGAAAGUCUCCACAGUUCCGGAGCCUUCUGCCUUCCCCACAGACUAUGUCAUGUACCCGCCUCAUCUGUACAGUAGUCCAUGGUGUGACUAUGCCAGCUAUUGGACCAGCAGCCCCAAGCCUUCUGGUUACCCGUCCGUGGGCAGCAGCGGUGGCGACCCACUGCAGGUUGGGAGGAGCAUCCGGGGCCUCCUGAGUGAUUAUUCUCCUCACUCUACAGUGAGCUCCCAGAACACCUCCAGAGACCAGGAGCUGACCGAGGAGGGCAGAUCCCAGAACUCUCGUUCAUUUCGUUUCUCCAGAAGCUCAGAAGAAGAGGUGAAGGAGAAAAGAGCACUCCAGGAGGAGGCACCCCCUCGUCCCUGUGGAGGACAUGCGUCUAGCUCCCUGCCAAGGAACCAUCGGGAGUCAGGCCUAGAGGGGGGUUUCAUUGAUACCCACUGUCACCUGGACAUGCUGUAUUCCAAGUUGUCUUUCAAAGGGUCCUUUACCAAGUUCAGAAAAAUUUAUAGCAGCUCCUUCCCUAAGGAAUUUCAGGGCUGCAUCUCUGACUUCUGUGAUCCUCGGACACUGACAGAUUGCCUGUGGGAGGAGCUGUUGAAAGAGGAUCUGGUUUGGGGAGCCUUUGGCUGUCAUCCUCAUUUUGCACGUUACUACAGUGAGAGUCAAGAGAGAAAUCUUUUGCAAGCACUGAGGCACCCCAAGGCUGUGGCAUUUGGGGAAAUGGGCUUGGAUUACUCGUAUAAGUGCACCACGCCUGUCCCAGAACAGCACAAGGUGUUUGAGAGGCAGCUGCAGCUGGCCGUAUCUCUGAAGAAGCCCUUGGUGAUCCACUGCCGAGAAGCUGAUGAAGAUCUUCUGAACAUCAUGAAAAAAUUUGUGCCCUCAGACUACAAGAUCCAUAGGCACUGCUUCACUGGCAGCUACCCGGUCAUCGAGCCCCUGCUGAAGCACUUCCCCAACAUGUCUGUGGGCUUCACUGCUGUCCUGACUUACUCCUCGGCCUGGGAGGCCCGGGACGCUCUGAAGCAGAUCCCACUGGAGAGAAUCAUUGUGGAAACGGACGCUCCCUACUUCCUGCCCCGACAGGUUCCCAAGAGCCUCUGCCAGUACGCCCACCCAGGCCUGGCCUUGCAUACAGUUCGAGAGAUUGCGAGGGUCAAGGAUCAGCCACUCUCCCACACCUUGGCCACCCUGCGUGAGAACACCAGCCGCCUCUACAAUCUUUAAGCAGAGAGAGUGCGGUCAGGAGAGAAAGGUCAGACUAGAAAAGGUCAUAAAGAUUACAUUAUAGGUUUUUAAAAAAUCAGGACAAGAAUAGGUUUCUCUGCAUUUUCUUAAUGUAGAGAAUGUGAACAUAGAGUGAGCAUUAAGCCUGAUCUGUCUCGAGUGAACUUGGUUUGGGACCUUCUUCCUUUUCUCUUCCCACCCCUCCAGGAUGACCCAGUGGCCUGGCAGAAGAGGGUCCCAGGUCAAGGAGGUGUCUGGAGAGCCUACUGGAACAGAGAAAAGCAGGACAGGAUGUUCUUAAGGCUCCACUUGGGGCUGGGGCGGGCGUGCAUCGGAGCGGGAUGCCAGUGAGGGGUGACCCCCAGGGCGGUCAGUGGAGAAGGAAGAGGCCGAAAGGAGGGCGUGGUGCAUCUGCCAAUCCUGAUCCCUGUGCUCUGUGACCUUUGGCUCCUGGUGGUUCUCGGUUCUGAGUAUGAACUCCCAAGUAGGAAACCUCCUCUGGAGCACAUUGGCUGGAGCGCCGUCUCAGAGGUUUACAGUACCACCACCGCGAAGUCCUCCCCAUCCCUUCCCAGGAUGAGUCUUCAGUUUGGCUGUCCCAUCGCCGGUCUGUUCCAUGUCGGUGUGGGUGGAAGACCUCGGCUAUUGGCCUCACCAGCUCCACUGCCGGCGGUGUAGAUGGGUUGGGGGACGCUCAGUAUCCAGGGAUGUCCUGGCCGACAGGAAUUGGGAGGGGCUGGGUGCCUCAAGAAAGAGGUCUUCUUAUGGGAGAGCACCCCAGAGAAGGGGUUUCUGUUUGCUGGAGCCCCUGGGGCCGCAGCUCACUUGUGUUUGACUGAGAUUGGUCCAGUUUGCGGUGGAUGUGACCUCCCACUCUGCUGGCAGGGGCCCCUGCUGCCCGUUCCUCAAUUUUUGCCCCAUUUUCCUGGAACACUGGACCAAGAAUACUCCUGUUUGACCCCAUGGGACAGCCCCCUGUGUGCCCCACCCAGGUUGAGAGGUAAACCAAUUUAAUUCUUCAAAAUUCUGUGGGACCGCUCAGCCCCGGUAUCCAGCAUGUGCAGAACAAGCCGGCCUGGGUCUGCCUUCCACUCCCCUCCCGGGGCUCUCCCUGGCCUUUGCCUUGUCUGAGUCCUUUCUCCGUAUUGGAACUGAGAGCCUCUCCUUUGACUUUGGAGCUGUCUGGUCAUCAAGUUUUCAGCUGUGUUCUGUUCCCUGCUGGUAUAUCUGUUAUAGGCUCUGGAAGGUUGUAAUGGUCAGGGGUUACGUUUGAGGACGCUCUGCACUUUGUCUAAAAGGAUCCUUUACUCUGAUCUCCCACUGCGAGACAGGACACCCUGAGCCCCUUCUCUGUUUCCUGGAGGCGAGAGGCUUAAAUCAUAAAACCCAUCCCUUAAUGCUGGAUUUCUCUAGGUGUUUUCAGAAGGUGCAUCUGAGCCUUGCAAGCAAAAAGGGAACGGACUCAACAUUUCCUGUCUGGUGUUUCUGUUUGGCCUGGUAUGCCUGUUACUGGCCUGGGAGGUAGGCCUUGAUUCACGGUCGACCUUCCACAGGUCAGCCGUGGGUUUUCUGGGCCUCUUGUUUGCCAGUGGGGACUUGUCCUCCUGCUUGGAGGAAUCAGAGGACUGAGUAUUUCAGAGUGCUUUACUGUCGCCCCAACGAACUGCAGCCUGUCCAGCCCCUUCACCACAAGCCCUGUACGUCAGUACUGCCCAUGCUGGCAGCGGAUGGGCCCUGCUCUGGAGGGUUCCAGGGGAGGACAGAGUGGAUGUCCCCAAGCCUUUGUGGCCUCCUGCCAAGGUAAAGCACAAGGUGCUAUAUACUUUCACCUCUAGGAUUUAAGAUGGUCAUUUCUGAGUGUCACCAGUGAAACACGACUAGUGUGGGUGCAAAAGCCGGUGGGCACUGUUUUUGAUUCAAUUUUUGGCUGGCUGACGUGAUUGUGUUUGCUGUGCUGCUGGAAUGCAUCUGUAUCUCCCCCCACCCCCUGCCCCUUUUGGCCAUCUCUUUCUGUAAAUAAAGUGAUUGGUCUUCAGCCA